AACUGAAAUUAUUCUUUUCUGAAAACCGCAUUUCCAUUCUAUCUCGCAAAUUUUUUUUUGAAAACCCUGCGUUUUCCCUCCCACCCACCCCUUGCAUGCAUCCCGGUUCGGUACAGUGCCACGUCAGCAUCGCCACGUCACAGUGCCAGAUCAGCAGUGCCACGUCAGCAGCGCCACGUCACAGUGCCAGAUCAGCAGUGCCAUGUCAGCAGUUCCAGGUCACAGUGCCACGUCAGACUCAGUGCCACGUCAGCAGUGACGUCAGACUCAGUGCCACGUCAGCAGUGACGUCAGACUCAAUGCCACGGCAACUGCCCAACGAGUCCCUUGCCGCCUACAAGCAGCGGUUCCACGCUCAGAUUGAGGCUGAGGAACAACGCCAGCUGGCAGCCGAGGCUGCCCGCGUACAGGCUGAAGAUGCAGCAGCAGUAGAGCAGCUGCGACUACAGGCCGAUGCAGACGCAGAUGCCCAGGCUCGCCGAAAGGAAGCCCAGGAUCUGCUGCAGCGGCAUGAAGCCAACAGCAUCGAUAGACUCAGGUUUUGGCACUUUGAACAGAACGGCGACGAGGCAACACCGGAAGAGAAGCACAAGGAGUUCCUCUCCAAACUCUUGACAAGGUUGUUGUACGCUUGCAACUACCAAUGGUCAGAGUUGGAGAGACAGUACCAGGACCUGACGCAACAGCAUCAGGAGUUGGCAAAGCUCCGCCGCAUAGUGCAGAGCCACGAGGAUGCAACUCGGACACUCAAUGCCCGAUUACUGGACCUGGAACAGGCUGUACCAGGACCAGCUGUUGGGGCUUCCAGCAGUGCACCCUCUAGCCGCCAACUGGAGGACCGCGUUGACCACAUAGUGGCAAUGCUCGGCGACAUCAGCACUUUCGCUGCGCCGACCACCACCAUCAGCAGUCAGCUGCAUACAUUGAAGACCGAGGUCCAGCAGCUGCAGUCGACGAACGCGGACGACAAUCCGAAGAUGUACAAGAUGCCAACUUUCAACCUGGAGAGGUUCGACGACUACACACAACAGGGUCCGGUCCUCUGGUGGGAAGCAUUCACAACGCAACUCAGGAUUCUGCCCGUAGCCAAGCAUACGUACAUCGGGGCCCUGUUCCUGAACUCAAAGGGCGGAUGCCAGACCUGGUUGAGCCACCUGGCAACCUCCCAUGGCGUUGACAUACCAGACUUGAAGGACAAAAUCACAUGGGAGGAACUGACACGGCUGUGGAAGAAGCGGUUCAUCGUCGACGACGCGCCGGCCCUCGCCAUCAACCGUUUGUUCACCAUGUCACAGGGCAACACUGCAACACGGGAUUGGCUCACAGAGUGGUAGAAGAUUGCGGCAGUGCCCAAUCUGGAUCUGCCUUUCACUCAUCUCAGAUGUGAGUUCUGCAAUAGGUCCUA